AUGGCCUCGUCUCGUUGGUCCUCGCCUGCGGCUGCCUCCGCUGUCGCUGACGAAUUGCUCGACUUGGGGAUCCUGGAGGAUGAUGCAGUCGCCGUGGACUCCUUGGAUCGAGCCGAAUUGGCGCUGUGGCCGGAACCUGAUAUGAGCCAUGCUUCGGAGGAGGCGCUCCCCGACGACUUGGAGAUUGAACUCGGGCGGCUGGUCGAGGAGGCUAUGGAGGCCAUGUCCGAUGCCAGUGUCUCAGACGAAGAAGUUGAAGCCCCUCCUGCUGAGAAUCCUACGCCACCGAUGCCGGCCCCGUCUUCAUCUCCAGUCAGCAGCGCCGUUACCCAGCUGCUUCGUAAGCAGCCUGCUGCGCGGAAGUCGCGGCCAAACGAGCUGGACUCAGAGGCUCACCUUGCCGCUUUCAUAGCACGGGGACAGGCGAGCCGGCGCGCAUCCAUCCGGACCGUGGCGACAUACGUUGUCUUUUUUGACAAGGGCGACGGCCUCUACGAUGCGGCACUGGGCCGACUGCGGCAGCACCUCGGGGAGGCGAAGGUUGCCAGCCUUAUCGACCCAUGGCAGGUUCGUCUACAGCAGCGUCGAUCUGACAGUGCCCCGCUGAAGCGGAAGCCGCGAGACGCUUAUGAAGUUCAGGUCAAGCGGGAUCGGCGGGUUGCCCGGCGCAAGGUCUUCUUCCCCGACAAGCUCCACUCUCGCGCAGCAGAGGCAGACGAGGCAGCCGAGAUUGAGCACGUCCGGGCCACUGGCAUGGUGCAGGAUUUGGCGGCACAUGACACGGGCCUGCCCAAGCCCAAGGAGUCGACCCCGCGCUUCGUGGAAGACUGGUGCAAGCAAGGGUCUUGGGGUAUCUGCGAGAAGUGCCACAGCCUUUGCCCCAAAUCUCUUCAGCCAGUGGAUGUCGAGCUUGCUCUGGAGAGCCGGACAUUUGCACCGAAGCUGCCAGAAGUCACCCAGCAGAACCAAGCACGGGAGCUGGUCGUAUUGAGUGAGGAUUGCCAUCGCCUCCUGCAAGGGUCGGUGCAGCAGGCCAGCUGGCCGGUCGGUAGGGCAAAGAGGAUCCGAGAUCUUAUGCUCAGCUGCUGCCGCAACACACACCUCCUGGGUCUCAUCGUCCCCGGCCUCCGCCGCUGGCCGAUUGAGUGCCAGAACUCUCUUAGAGGCUUGGGCUCGCGCCUUCGAGCUUUGCGCUCAGACCGGUGUCGAUGGAAGGCGGCCAGCAGCUCCUUGCGCGAAAUCCUUCUCGGAUUCCUGUUGGAAGGCACGCACCUCCUCCAAGACCACCUCCUGAUGCUUCUUGCGAAUAUGGUGGAUGAUCUCACCCGACCAUCCCAGCAAACCAGUGCACCGCGUGUCAGAAGAUGGAGUAUGUGCCACAACCAGCAUGCAGACAUCCCUGAGCCUCUCCGUGACUUGAAGCCUCGGGUGAUCGAGGCCCUUCGUCCCUUGGAAAUAGACACAGGAGCAGCCGAGCGGGUCCGCGUGCACACUGCCAUGAUCAGCUUCGCCUGGGAGCCGGUGUCCGUCGAGUACAAGAUCACUUCGCUAGAGAAGCGUAAGGACUUCGUUGUCAAACACAAUGAGUUCUUAGAGAAGCACGGUGAGAAUGCUGACAAGAAGGGCCGAAAGCGACGAGCGGAGGACAGCAGCGACGAGGAGGCAGCAGAGGACGCGCCCGACGGUGAGGUGCUGUCGCCGGUGAUCGGGUACGGCGCCGAUUACCAGUUGCUCCACUUUGUGUACGACUUAAGCAUGGUGGAUCGCCGUGGACACCGCAGUACUGGCGAGUUAGCCCUCAUCGACAUGCAGCGGCAGUGUGGCAAUGCCAGCCUCUUCAGGACCCGAGCCCCCUACGAGCGGACCUUCCCCUAUCACCGCUGGAUCCUGCACGAGCAAGAGGUUCUGGGGCGCCCCAGACAGCAUUUGGCCGGCGCAGAGACCCUUCACACGGCCCACGUCCUCCUCCAACUGGACAAGGGCUACUUCUGCGGUGCGAUGGCACGUGCUGGACGAGCGGACCGCAACUGGAAGGAGCAUCUCCUGGGCCCGGCAGCUGGCGAUGGCACCAGCACCGUCGUGGCACAUGCCACACGCUUGGAAUUCCAAGAUGGCAAACGGAAGCGGGGCACUCAAAAGUACCAUGGCCGCGGCACUACGCACAGCCAUUCGCUUGACUUCCUCGAGAACAUUGAAUCCAUCGGCCUGGACUCGAAGGUGCAGGCAACGAUCCCGCCGAAGGACACGGAGCCGCUGUUACAUGGCCUUGUCACGGAUUCCCAGUGUGACUACAAAGACUCGGGAUUGCCGGUUCGCGAAGAGCCUUCUGCUUGGGACCCGGACGGGCAGAAGGUGCUGCUGCAUCAUACGGAGGACGACAAAGAUGCAAAGGUCCGGGCCUAUUUCAAGGACACGAUGGAAGUGACCAAGUGCCACGAAGACGUGCAGCAAGGUGACGGGAACGGGGCUGUGCUUCGCUACGUGUCUACCUACAACAUGAAGUUCAGCAAUUCCAUGGAUUCGGAUUGGCUCAAUGGGGCGGCCUCCGACUACAGCACGGCCGCAGGGGUGCUCCGUCGCUAUCAGCCGCGGGAGCCGGAGAUGUGGCUGACCCUGGCACAGGAGCGGUUCCCUCAAGCGUACUUGAGCGGCACCUUCGUGGACUACAUGGCCCCGAGCUUCCUGGACCAUGAUGACACCACUGUGGUCACCUGCACUCGUCAAGGGGCCGCGACCAUCAACGAUCUGGCCGCCACGGUGUUCUUCGAGGACCGGCACAAGCAGCCGCUGGGGGUGCUUCCACCUGACUAUGAAGCGAACCAGGAUAACUAUGGGCGUGGCGGGCGCCUCCGAAGCGGCACGCUGCAGCCGGCUCUCCGGAAAAUUUACAAGGGCAUGCGGAUAUUCCUCACGAAGAACAUGUCGAAGGAGGAUGACUUCGUGAACGGCAUGGCCGCAAAGAUCGAAGACUACGACGAGCGCAGCCGCUGCCUGCAAGUCCUCACCCGCACCCAUCAGCGCCUCGCCGUCUACAUGGUCACCCACGAGCUCGAGGAUGGAAGAAAGGUAGCUGCCUUCCCUGUCCGUCUCGAUUACGCCUCGACAGUGCCGAAGGUGCAAGGCAUGACGCUUCCUCACGUGACCCUCUGGCUCGACCACGCGGCGUGCCGCGCAGCUGCUUACGUAGCGAUGUCGAGGGUUCAGAAGGAUGAGGACUACUUGAUUGCCGGGCUGGUCAUGCAGCACCAAGCAUUUCGUCCCUGCCCAUUGACCGGCCUCGACCCGAG